GAGCCGUGAGACCGCGGACCUGACCAUACAUUGACUUUAUUGGCCCGCGGGUGAGCUGUAGCUGACAGAUCAGAAAGGUACAGUAACUCAACUCUAUUCAUUAUUGCUCAGAAGGAUUGCCGUUCAAGAUCUACAGUCUGUGCACAAGAGAUUUUCCCUUUUCUAUCCAUAAGAACCCCCGCACACGUCAUUAUGACGUGGCCAUCAUGCCAGAACAGACCAGCACGAAUCAAUCAAAGAUAUGCGGAGCUCACCCCUACCCUAAGAUGCCUUAGUACGGCCGGAGUUGCGUUCCGACCAACCAGUGCUUCGGCAGCUCCGUAGUCAGUGGCGGGGAUUGAUGGAUGUCGCCAAUGCUGACCUAAUAUGGCAUCUGAAGAUGCACAAAGGAUCGAGCAGUCGCGUUUUUCUGACCCAGCUGAGAUUGUGCCAAAUUCGUCGUUCAGUAACGCAUCAACAGAGCAGCUACAAUCUGAGGAAGUGCCCUCGGUGAAAGUUGCGAUCCCACGACUCGCUCCUCCUAGAACCACCGGCAACCGGCGCAUCAGGACGGCAUGUGCGGCAUGCAGGGAGCAAAAAGCCAAGUGUAGUGAACAUCGGCCAUGUCUUCGCUGCGUCAGUUUCGGCAUCACUUGCACGUCGCUCGAAAGUAAACGCGAGAGUAGGGAAAGGCAAAUUGAAGAACUCGAGCAGCAGGUUGCCCUUUACGAAGAAUUACUGCAGCACCUACGAUCCAGAGUCGAUGUUCAAGAUGCGGAGCUUAUUACAAGGACAUUGCACAGAAGGAGCUCGAUCACUAGGCCUCCAUCCCCCGAUCCAGUCAGCGAGACACCUCCGACCCCUACUCAGGCUUCGUUUGCCGUGGACUACGUUGAGGAGGACUACCAUCGGAAUCAGCAACUGCAUGCAUUCGGCUAUCUAGGGUCGCAUUCCGAAAUCUCAUGGAUACGUGAUUUGAGGAAGGAAAUAGAUAGAGCUACUCCUUUGGCGGAGGCAAAGGCAGCUUCACCUGGCAACGGUUCCAAGGCACUGACCUCGGUAAGUUAUUUUCUGGAUGAUCAGAAUCUGUUAGUCGAUCAUGGUAUUGCCCCCUAUGAUCGUCCUUCUCGUACUAUUGGAGAUAGACUUAUACAUCUCUAUUUUGACGCGGUUCAUCCCUCUUUUCCCAUUGUCGGUAGGAUUCCAUUUAUGCAGCAGUAUGCAUUAUAUUAUUCCCGGCCAAAUAUGCGACCACCAGGCAGGUGGCUUGCGAUUCUGAACUUAAUAUUUGCUCUGGGGGCCAAACUCCGACAUCUUCUCUCAGAGCCGUUGAUGGAAGGUACCGAUGGGCCCUUGGAGUAUUUUUCCCGGGCUCAGAAGCUCAAUUUUACGAAUGGCCAGAUUUUUGAUCACCCCAACCUGCAGCAGGUGCAAGCCGAAGGCUUGAGCGCGUUUUGGCUCAUGUCAAUGGGGCACGUCAAUAGGGCAUGGAGAACCUGUGGUGUCUCCAUGAGGUCCGCCAUCGCUUUGGGGAUUAAUCUCCGCAGCGAGAGCAAGGACACGCCGAAUUUCUCCAAGGAGCUGCGGUAUCGCGUUUGGUGGUCCAUCUACACGCUGGAGAAUACCCUCUCUAUCAUGACUGGUCGUCCCACGAGCGCUGCAGAUACGUUCUGCACCACACCUCUCCCUAUCCCUUACGAAGAGGACCAAUUCCAUGGACCUAUCGCAUCACAACUUCUCUCGGACUACAUUUCCACAAAACCUGCACCGUCUGUAGGCCACUACCUGGCUUCGACCGUCAACGAAGCCGCACCUAGUAAUUCUCUUUACUUUCUGUAUUUCAUUGACAUAACGAUGAUUAUGCGGCGAGCCAUUGACGUGCUGUAUGCGCCAGGCGGGUCUGGAGAACCCUGGCCGAAAGUCGGCGCAGCAAUAGUGGACCUGGUAAGGGACGCAGACGAGUGGAGUAGCAGUCUUCCAGAUGUAUUCCAGUUUAGGCCGAUGCAGAAGUCCAAGCUGUUUGAACGGCAGCGAUGGAGCCUUGCCUUUCGCUUCUAUAGCACCAAAAUCACUAUUUCUCGCCCUUCUCUCUGCCGCACCGAUCGGCUUCGCCCCGGCCAGGUCCAAAAUCCCCCACUGGAUCAACGGAAGAACGCAAAGAUAUGCGUUGACUCGGCAUGCGAUAUCCUGGAUUUAUUGCCGGACACGCCGGACGUGCUCUGGCUGGUCCACUUAUCGCCCUGGUGGUGUAUCAUCCAUUAUCUGAUGCAGUCUGCGACUGUCUUACUAAUUGAGCUUGAUUUCUGCGUCAAGUUCGACGUCGAAGAGGCCGCUAAAAUCACUCUGAUGGUGGAGAAAGCUAUGGGGUGGCUUCUGGCAAUGGCUGCAGAUAAUCUCGCUGCUCAACGAGCGUGGGAGGUGUGCCAUAGCCUCUACUGCUGCAUUUCCCUGACGCCUGUCGACAGCAUGAAUGUAACACCUUCCCUCUCUACUUCACCGGAACCACCGCGGAGCAAUAUCCUACGAGCGAUGCGGGAUGGGCUGGAACUUAAUGUCGCUCUGUCGCAGAAUAUAGUUGUUCAUCCCACGCUGCAAACGAUGUAUGAUCAAUUUGUGCCUCGUGAAUCUAGUGGAACUAUGUCUGAUAAUCCUGGCAAUACCAAUUAUCAGUAGUCACCAGAAGCUUUGCGUGUAUCUCAUCAUGUGUGUUUUGGCAUAUAUAUCGGGCAUAACCGCAGCAGCCAAUAGAAGCAUGAAGACUAAGAUGCGGUAGCAUGAUAAGAUAAAUGCCUGACGUCACUAGCAAGGAGUUGGGUCUGCUGGGCAUAUUCUGUGGGGAGCCCCAAGACGUGAGUGUGGCUUGGAGGAAGAUGCCCGAAUGACCAUGGACCCUUGCAACAAACCAGAAG